CACAAAUGAUAAUUGCAACUAAAUAGUUUAGCCAUGCUAAAUGAUAUGUCACAUGGUCUAUUAAACUAUAAAUUCAUCGAAAAUAGCUUUCAACACAGUGUAACAAAAAUUAAUGGAAUAACUUACAAAGCAUAUAUUAUUCAAAAUACACACAACCGAAAUCAAACAACAAAGAAAAUAAUGAAGAAAGAAAAGAAAAUUAUCAUGAUCAUCAAUACUAUUGAAAUUGAGAUGUAAUACUUUGUUAUGCAAACAAAAUGAACUAUUAAAAAU